UGAUGUACCCUCCAUCAAGGCCUCUCUCCUAGGGUUUUUAAUAUCUGAAGUGCGCUUUAUAUCUUCCGCCUUCUCUCUGUCUCUUGGCCGUCUCUCACUCUCUGCCUCUGUUCCUACUCCUCUCUUUCAGAUCAAAGCUUCAACAAUGGCCUAUGUCAAGUCGCAGAAAACCAAGGCUUACUUUAAGCGGUUUCAGGUUAAAUACAAGAGAAGGAGAGAGGGAAAGACAGACUACCGGGCUAGGAUUCGCCUAAUCAAUCAAGACAAGAACAAGUACAACACUCCAAAGUACCGCUUUGUUGUGCGAUUUACCAACAAAGAUAUCACUGCCCAAAUAGUUUCUGCUAGCAUUGCUGGGGAUCAGGUUCUUGCUGCUGCUUAUGCACAUGAGCUUCCUCAUUAUGGGCUUGAAGUGGGUCUUACAAACUAUGCUGCAGCUUAUUGCACUGGAUUGCUUGUGGCCCGUCGUGUCCUUAAGAUGCUUGAAAUGGAUGAUGAAUAUGAGGGCAAUGUGGAGGCAACUGGAGAGGACUUCUCUGUUGAGCCAACUGACACAAGGAGGCCAUUCCGUGCUCUCCUUGAUGUAGGACUGAUCAGGACCACCACUGGCAAUCGUGUUUUUGGUGCUCUAAAGGGAGCAUUGGAUGGUGGUUUGGAUAUUCCUCAUAGUGACAAGAGGUUUGCUGGGUUUUCAAAGGACAGCAAGCAACUUGAUGCUGAGGUUCACCGCAAGUACCUUUAUGGUGGCCAUGUUGCUGCAUAUAUGAGGACCUUGAUGGAAGAUGAGCCAGAGAAGUAUCAGUCUCACUUUAGUGAGUAUAUUAAGAGAGGCAUUCAGGCAGAUGAUUUUGAGGCCUUGUACAAGAAAGUUCAUGCUGCCAUCCGUGCUGACCCAACUGCAAAGAAGUCUGAAAAGGAGCCACCCAAGGAGCACAAGAGGUUCAACUUGAAGAAGCUUACAUAUGAGGAAAGGAAAGCUAAGUUGAUUGAACGGUUGCACACCCUUAAUUCAGCUGCUGGUGCUUCAGAGGAUGAGGAUUGAAUGUAGCAUGCUGUUCUCGCAAAGCACCAAAGUUAUUCCUCUUUUGUUAUACUCUCUGCACGCCCUGCAGCUCUAUCAAGAACUAAAUUACGUUUCUGAAGUUUUUUUUCUUUUAUUUAGGUUGAACUUAACUACUUUUCAUCUCAUUUUUGUUUAGGCUUUCUGCACUUUUGCAGUUUUGGAGGGUAACAGAAUUAUUAGAUUCUUGGAUAUUUACUUUGUUGUGAAAUGCAAUUUCAGUUUUGAUAAAAUGGAUUCAUUGUCAUAGUUUUGCGA